UUUAUGCUUAAUGUUUAAGCUUUAUAUUUAUGUUAUGGAUCUAUUUCUUUUGAUUUCGGAGCCUAUAUUAUAUUAUGAUCAGCACUAUAGCACCUCCCUUAGUGGUGUAAAUUUAUACGUACAGUACAGACGGUCAACAUCUCUCAGCCGCUAUAUAGUAAUAUUAUUAAGGUCACAAGACAAUCGGAAUGCUUGUUGAUUUAACUCGAGUACAGCAGUCUGGUAUCAUGAAGGUAUAUCGACAUAAGCAUAGGCCUACAGAAAUGUUUAUUCAGGUCAUCAAUGGUGCUGUACGGAGCUUUGAUCUUUGAAACUCGUGGUUGAUUAUUCAAUUAGGCCUAUAUCAGAAUCGAUGAACCGAUGGGACUACCGCCAGCUGUUCAGUACGAGGUAACUGUUUGUUGAGGCAACGCACAAUGAAGUGGGGAUGGGUCAUCGUGUUGUCCGGAUUGAUACAAUAUACAAUGUUUCUGGGAUUUUUAUAUAGCUAUAAUUUACUCAACAUACAGCUGAAAGAGAGUUUCAACACUACAGCUACUAAAUCUGGUCUGCCAGGCUCCAUAUCCAUGGCAAUGUACUGUUUCUGGGGUAAUGCAGCAACAGUUGUCUUUCAAAGGUUUGGACACAUGGUUUCCGGAUAUCUUGGAGUACUACUCUGCUGCAUCAGCCUACUGCUUUCAUCAUUUGCACAGCGUAUAGAAGUCUUGUAUCUGACGUACGGCGUCCUUUACGGAUUCGGUUGUUCUUCCGUCUAUUUUACGACAGUGGAUAAAAUAUUAUUAUACUACAGAGGGCGCAAUUCCACUCGUGCGUUAGGUAUUGCUCUUUUAGGCUCUGGUAUAGGUGUACUUAUGGCUCCGUGUCUAGAAUGGUUGUACGCAAAAUAUACCUGGCGGACGGCUUUGAGAAUCCUUAGUGUAAUGUAUUCCUUGUUCGGUUGUUUGGCUGUCUUUCCAAAUGCAAUCGAAGAGAAAUGCGAAACCGAAACCAAUGACAUUAAAGUAGUUCCUCCACGAUCCUUCUGCCAACGCUAUUCAGAUUUAUGCAAGAGGAAAGACUACACAGUUAUGUUACCAGCAAAUAUGAUGGUUGGUGCAGCUUUGACGUUUUCGUAUGUUAGUCUGGGAAGUUAUUUGAAUGAUGCUGGUAUGGAAGAAUCGUCAAUUUCACUAGCAUUAGGUCUGAUGGGUUGUGGUGAACUUGUCGGUCGGCUUCUAAUGUCUCUGUCCUCAGCUUACCUAAAACCGAGUCCAACGUUUCAGUAUGGUUGUAUCCAUAUUAUUUCAUCCAUAUCGUUGUUACCGUUGCUCUUUUCGAAGUCUUCGAUUGGACUCACAGUUAUAUUAUUCGCAUUUAGUAUAUCUCGAGGAAUGAUAUUCGUUGUAAUGGUACCUGCUGUUACUAAUUUGUCGCCUGAAAACUCAAGUUCUGAGGCUAUUGCGGUCGAGUUCUUUCUAUACGGUAUUGGUGCUGCAGUAGUUCCAUAUAUAACAGAUCAAUUGUUUGUAUUAAGCGGAAGUUACGACAGCGCACUCUAUGUAUGCGUAGGAUUAUUUCUAUUUUCCGGGUUGAUAACAUUCGUUGCAAAUCACAUCAAUAAGAAAUUAUAUCAUUUAAAACUAUAUUUACAAAGGUCAACGUACGAAAAAGUGGAAGUUCAAAAAUUGGAAAUGAAGAGAGCAGAAGCAAUUUAAUACGAGUUUGAAGGUGUUGAAUCUCCAAUUUCUGUACUAGUCUAAAAUCGCAUGUAACUGGCUUUUUAAAAUAUUAACCUGUGGAUAUAUAUUUGAUCAUUGGAUGCUACCUGGAUGAUAACUAACAGAUCUCCAUUUACCUUUAAAGCCAACUUCUACGCUAUGAUCAAAGAUAAUACAAUUAGGCCCGAGGAUUCUGCAGUUUGGCAGACGGAUUGUGAUAGAGAAGAUGGUCUUGGUAGAGACAUAUCAGCUGAAGAUGUUUUCGAAUAUAAGGAAACUGAAAUAGUAGUGUUACAGUUGAAAGGCUCUUGACUAAACAGAGAAAGUUAAAUCAGCAUAAUUAUGUUGUCGUGUAUCAUCACUGAAAUAUAAAGUGGUCCAAGUUACCAGAGAUGCGAAGCAUUAUGAAAAACCAUCGGAAAUAAUGUUAGCAUUGCUGGUAAUUUUAAAUUACUUAUUGAUGAGUUUGUGAAGCUUGACAACAGUUCAAGCAACAAUAUUGUUUGUGAAUUUGCUUAGAACUGGUAUAUCUUCAGAGUUUUCAAAAUCUUACUUAAUCUUGGUAAAGUGCAGAGAUAUGUGCAACAUUAUUGAUAGAAAUUAUUGAUAGAGUACGUGAAAACAAGUUUGGAAAAUUAGAUGUGCAAUUUCGAUUGUAAAAUAUAAAGUAUUAAUUAAAAUUCUACGAUUUUUCAUUUUAAAA